ACACGUCCCGGCUGCGCUCUCUGUCCGUCCACACCCGCAGUCUGUGGCGCACCAUGGAGCCCGGCGCGGACGAGGCGCGCGCCGCGGCGCCGGCCGAGCCGUUCAGCCCGGCGCGCCUCUGUGACCAGCGCGGCCGGCUCGUCUGGGUGCCAGAGGUGGUCCUCGGAGUGGACCUGCGCGACCUCCAGAAGCCAGAGUUUGAGGCCGCGGUCUCCAGCCGGGUCGGCGAGCUGCAGGCCCAGCUCCACGCCGACAGGCACACCCAGGACCAGAACAUGACCAGGGUGGUCGCAGAGUGCGCCGCGGUACUGCGGGAGCACGGCGCCGGCUACGUCCACUGGGCGCGCGACGAGACGAGCGCGGCGCCCUUCCAGCUGCUGCGGGCCGGCCUGCGCACGCCGGCGCCGUUCGUCGACCUGCCGGCCGGCGUGCGCGGCUCCCUGCUAGCGCUCCUGCAGAACGCCUUCAGCGCCAUCAAGCGGGAGCGCUCGGCCGUGCAGCAGAUGGUCCGCGACCUGCAGGGCCAGCUGGGGGCCGGCGCCGCCAGGGAGGCGGCCCUGGCCACCCAGCUGGCCGACAGCCACACCGCCAUCGGCGACCUCCACCGCCAGCUGCAGGCGGGCGCCGCUCGGCAGGCGGGCCUGGCCGCCCAGCUAGCCGACAGCCAGGCGGCCGCCGGCGCCCUCCGCGCGCAGCUGGAGGAGGCAAACACCGUCGCUGGCGCCCUCCGCGCGCAGCUGGAGGGCCAAACUCCCUCCGACGCCCUGCGCACCCAGCUGGAGGAGGGCCAAACUCCCGCCGGCGCCCUCCGAAGCAAGCUGGAGGAGGGCCAAACCUCCGGUACCCUUCAGAGCCAGCUGGAGGAGGGCCAAAACUCCGGAGCCAUCCGUACCCAACUGCAGGAGGGCCAAACUCCCGCCGGCGCCCUCGGAACCCAGCUGGAGGAGGGCCAAAGUCCCUCCGACGCUCCCCGUAACCCGCUGGAGGAGGCCAACGCCACCAUCCAGGCGCUGAGGGAGGGGGCGGAGAGGUCGGCGACGGAGGCGGCUCAGCUCAAGGACCAGCUGCUCAGCAGGCCCGAUAUAGACGCCAGAGUGGUGAGGCGCAUCUUCAGAGUGGCCCUGACGCUGACAGGACCCCCAAACAGACAUCUGCGCAGAGACAUUCGCAGAUCCUUGGCAAAGAUUGGCGAUGGAAAGCAGGCCGAGUGAGGUCAAAUGGUGAAAUUGUCAGUGUCGCGGUUCGCAUCAAAUGUAUCCAGAUGUUUCGGGAAGAAAUAUACACAUUGAAAUU